UUUUCUUAGAGAGAAGAAAGAUGGAAAGCAAUGCGGUUCUGCUGGAAUCCAAAUCCUCUCCGAUCAACCUCCUCAAUGAGAUGCACCAGCUGCGUCUGCUGGGCCACCUCUGCGAUGUGACGGUCAGCGUGGAGUACCAAGGCGUCCGGGCAGAGUUCGUGGCACACAAGGCUGUGUUAGCAGCGACGAGCAAGUUUUUCAAGGAGGUGUUCCUCAAUGAGAAGGGCGUGGAUGGCCCCAGGACCAACGUGUUGCUCAAUGAGGUCCAGGUUGCUGAUUUUGCUUCAUUCCUCGAGUUCGUCUACACCGCUAGGGUGGAAGUGGAAGAAGACAGAGUGCAGCGUAUGCUGGAAAUAGCGGAAAAGCUGAAGUGCUUGGACCUCUCAGAGACCUGCUUUCAAUUAAAGAAGCAGAUGCUUGAGUCGGUACUGCUGGAGUUGCAAAGCUUCUCGGAAGUGCAGAACUCUGAGGAGGAGAGCGCCGCCCAGCCAAGCAUUUUGCUGGAAUCCAGAGCUUCUACUGCAGCGGAAGCUGAGCAGGCAGACUGUCCUCUGGAUCCUUCAGAUUCCCCAGUGGACAGCGGAGCCUCACUAGAGAUGCCAGCUGCCAAAUCCAAAGAGAAAGCAGACAAAAAGAGGGAAACGGCGAAGACCCCUUAUGCCAAAAUCAGGAGGGCAAGCGGGAGACUGGCUGGGAGGAAGGUAUUUGUGGAAAUCCCAAAGAAGAAGUACACGAGGAGGCUGCGGGAGCAGCAGAAGAACGCAGAGGUUGCCAUUGAAGGAGGCGAGUAUCCUCAAGACCAGGAUAUGUGUGAUACAGAGAGGGAGGAGGAGGAAGAGCAAGCGGAGAACGACGUCAAACCGGAAAGCGAGGGGUGCGACGGCAAUGCAGAGUCAGAAGAAAACCUGAAGAAACCCGAAGACGACAAAAAGAAACGGGGCACCAACUUCAAGUGCAGCACGUGCGAGAAGGAAUUCCUCUACGAGAAAAGCUUUCUCAAGCACAUCAAGCACAACCAUGGCAUCGCAGCCGAAAUCGUUUACCGGUGCGAAACCUGCAGCCAGACCUUCGCCAACCGGUGCAACCUCAAAAGCCACCAGCGCCACGUCCACAGCAGCGAGCGCCACUUCCCUUGUGAGCUCUGCGGUAAGAAGUUCAAGAGGAAGAAGGACGUCAAGAGGCACAUUCUCCAGGUUCAUGAGGGUGGUGGGGAGCGUCAUCAGUGCCAGCAGUGUGGAAAGGGGUUGAGCUCCAAAACUGCCUUGAGGCUUCAUGAAAGGACGCAUACAGGCGACAAGCCUUAUGGGUGCACAGAGUGUGAGGCUAAAUUUUCUCAGCCUUCUGCACUUAAGACACACAUGAGAAUCCACACUGGUGAAAAACCUUUUGUCUGUGAUGAGUGUGGGGCCAGGUUCACUCAGAAUCACAUGCUUAUCUAUCACAAACGGUGUCACACAGGGGAAAGGCCUUUCAUGUGCGAGACAUGCGGGAAGAGCUUUGCCUCCAAGGAGUACUUGAAACACCACAACAGGAUCCACACCGGCUCCAAACCCUUCAAAUGCGAGGUUUGCUUCAGAACCUUUGCGCAGAGGAACUCACUUUACCAGCACAUAAAAGUUCACACAGGGGAGCGCCCCUAUUGCUGUGACCAGUGCGGGAAGCAGUUCACGCAGCUUAACGCCCUGCAGCGUCACCACCGGAUCCACACCGGGGAGAAGCCCUUCAUGUGCAAUGCCUGCGGCCGCACGUUCACUGACAAGUCCACCCUCCGGCGACACACUUCAAUCCAUGAUAAAAACACGCCCUGGAAGUCCUUCCUCGUCAUCGUUGAAGGAGCCUCCAAGAGCGACGAGGGUCACAAAAUGGAGCUUCCCGACGAAGACUACGACGUGUCGCCUAAAAUCCCUGAGAAGCUGCUGUCUUUCUCAGAGAACGGCCACUACCAGAGCUUGGCAGCCGUGCCGGGGAGCGUGACCAUGCUGCAUGACACUGGCUCUGCCGCGGGGACGGGCUGCAAGUCGGAUGGGACCCAAGGUCCCCAGGAAGGUCUCGUCGCAAGCACUUUGCGCGAGCUGACGGUGCUCCAGACACAGACAGACUCUGUUCAGCCACAGCUUCACGCUCUUGUGAACAUGGAAUAA